AUGAGACGUAAUCAAAGAUCAUCUGAUUUUGGAUUGUACAAAGACAUAACAGUCAACCAGAAGAAGUGCCUUUUGAUCGUUUGUGCUUGUGUUAUUGUUGGAUCUGCUCUAAUUUUAACGGUUGCAUAUAUACUAUUAUUUUUGAGUGAAUCAUUCGAUGUUUCAACAACAGAUGCACAAACUGUUAUCGUAGAAUCGAUAAAAGAACCUGGAAGACCGUUUGAAGUGAACGUAGUAGGAGCACCACCUCAAGAGUUCACCACGGUUACACCAACUUCCCCUUCUACCACGAAGAAAAGUAGACAAAUAUCCCCCCGAAUAAAUUAUUAUAAACAGCAUCAAUAUCCAAGAAAUAUCAAAGAAAUAAUAUCUUACUUACCGAACAAACGUGCGAAACCCGAGAAUGGAAACAGCUAUUUAAUUGGUGAAGAAGAACCGAAGUCUGCCAGUACAAAUUUCGUUUCCUAUGCUUCACCUGAUCAACUUUAUUCUUUCAAACCACGUGAUAUCAGCGAAGUUAAUCUGUUAGCUAAUGACCAUGUUAGAUUUUCACCACCUGCUUGGAAGGACUUUCAAAAAUUUAACAAACUUCCCAUACCGAUACAUCAAUAUUACAUAAAUAAUUCUGAUAGGGAAACAGUUACGAGAGUACCUAAGCUGAUGAAAAAUGGCUAUCAAUCACAGUUCAUCAACUAUCCUAAUUUAAAUGCUGCAUUUGAUCGGUAUGUUCCAAAUGUUGACAAUCAAGCAAAACCAGAAUCUGGAGAUAUUGUGGCUACAGUGCGGAAACCUUUAUUGGUCAACAUAAACAUUGCUCCAAUGACAGAUAAUGAUAGGUAUUCAAAGAAUCCAUAUGAGCCUUAUACAGACGAAUCCAUGAAUUUACAAUUAAAAGUUUACCCAGAUAUGGCUUUAUUCCCAGAAUACCGCAAAGGGAAUCGCCAAAAGCAGAAUUUUGUCCCUUACAAAUAAUUGUUGAAUAAAGUAUUUAAAUAAUCAUUAGUUUUAAUUUAUCUGCUUCCUUAGGUGAAAUGCUAUUCUCAACUUGAAGAUGUUAGAGCUAACAAAUUUUCUUAUUAUGUUGAUUUCUGGAAGAAAUACGCGUUCCAACAAACUGGUACCGAUUUAUUGAACCAGUUCCCCAACAUGGACCAUUUGAGAAUCGAUUCCUGAUCAUUCCGAUAUUUGAACAUGUACUGUUUGGUUUGACUUGCGCAUUAGAUAGUUCGUUAACUCUCCUCCGAAUUUUAGCUCAUUUCUCGUCUUGUACGCGGAGAUUUAUUACGUCGCCAACUUCGUUUAACAUUUACAAUACCAGUAGGACUAAUAUAAAUAGCAAAAAAACAAAGUAAAACCGAUAUAAAAAGUGCCAUCUAUGUAGAAAGAAUAGAUUGAGUCGAGCAAGUUUGUACAAAGUACAAAAGGAGUUACUGAA